AACCACCCAGAAUCACUCAGUAUCAGUGUCCUUCAUCAACAACUUCAGAAAUUUACAUCUCUUAUCAAUUCAACGAAACCUACCUCAGGAAGCCCUCGUGACAAUGAAGCUCUACGCCGCUUUUAUUGCUCUUGUGACUAGCUCUGCAGUGGUCAUGGCCUCACCUGCCCCAUCUCUAGAGGACGGGGGUAACAUUGUCCAGCGAUCAUGGAAGGACGGUAAAUGCAAUGGAACGAAGUGUCGGAUAGGUUGGGAGGUGGAAGGCACCGAUUGUGACUACGGCAGCUGCGCUGGUCCAGACGGGGGUGAUAAUACUUACUGUUACCAGACAGAGGAUUCCAAUGCAGCUACUUACUGCCCUGGAGCAACUUAAGAAUUAUGAGUGGCAUAACUGCGGUGUGGCAAUGAAGCUUUGGGACAUGAACAGCUCAUGGUCCUACAAAGAUUUCUUGGUCAGCAUGGGUUUAAUCCUAUGUUGGAGAUAUUAGACGAUCGUUGUGUAACUACCAAAUCAAUUGAUGAAUUGGCGGCCUGCCUAUUAUCUCA